AGGAACUCAUGGUUAUAUGGCACCUGAAGUAUUAUCAAAGGCACUGCGUACGAUUCGAGCGCAGAUUGGUUCAGUUUCGGUUGUAUGUUGUACAAAUUGUUGAAAGGCCAUUCGCCUUUUCGCCAACAUAAGACCAAAGACAAACAUGAGAUCGAUAGGAUGACAUUAACUAUGAACGUAGAAUUACCAGACUCAUUUAGUAAAGAAUUAAAAUCAUUAUUAGAGGGGCUACUGCAAAGGGAUAUAGAUAAGAGAUUGGGCUGUAAAGGACAAGGAUCGGACGAAGUGAAGGAACAUCCAUUUUUUGCCGGAAUUGACUGGCAACAAGUGUACCUGCAAAAAUACACCCCUCCUCUUAUACCCCCUAGAGGAGAGGUAAAUGCGGCUGAUGCUUUUGAUAUUGGUUCUUUUGAUGAAGAGGACACCAAAGGAAUCAAGUUGACAGAUGCGGAUCAAGAACUCUACAAAAACUUCCCCCUUGUGAUAUCAGAACGGUGGCAGAAUGAAGUGGCGGAAACAGUAUUCGAAACUGUGAACUUUGAAGCUGACAAAACAGAGCACAAGAAAAGGGCAAAACAAAAAAAGCUGUAUGACAUAGAUGAAAAAGAAUCGGAUUGCAUUCUCCAUGGCUACGUAAAGAAACUAGGAGGUCCCUGGACUAGCAGCUGGCAGAUGCGAUAUGCGAAACUGUAUCCGAAUCGAUUAGAGUUGCAUCCCGACUCAGCGAAGCCUGAACUUGUAUUCAUGGAUCAAAUCGAGGAAGUCAGCCCGGAAUUAGUGCAAGUUAAGAACGAGAACUGCAUUGUGAUCAGGUUGCGGGACGGCAAGGUCGUUCUCACGAAUCCGGAUGAAAUCGGCCUAAAAGAGUGGCUGACAUCUCUGAAAUCCGCUCACAAGUUAUCGCAAGAGCUACUUGGUUCAAUGGCGAAGAAAGCUGGCAAGAUAUACGGCACAGAUUCCAACAACAGGAAUACCAUCAUAGCCACAAGAAACGCUAAUGGAAACUAACUGAACGUAAAGGAAAUCACUAUUCGAGAAAAGAGAAUAGCAGGGCGUUAAGGGUCUCUUUGAGGAUGACAUAUAGCUUGACAGCUCUCGCGUAUCCGAUUAUGUAGGCGGAAAAGAAUUGUACAAGUAUUUAUCGUAAAACGGAAUAGCGCGUAAGUUAUGAGUUCGUACUGAGGCACAACAAACUGUUCUGUAGGUCUUGUGAAGUAAGGUAGGGGGAAGUGAAAUACCAAAAUGGUUAGGCGAUGAGUAACUGAAAGAAACGUAUGUGACUAGUGAUUGUAUGUUUACAGAAUGACACUCAUUUCACAAAAUUUUCGUGUCGUUGAAAUGUAAAUGUUUUGACUGUUCACUAGUAAAAAUUCGCGCCAAACUGUGACGUAAUUCCUUUUAUCGUGACGCACGCAGUGUUGCAGAAUGUGGCUCUACCUUUGUCAUGGAUGUGAGACUUUCUUCAAACGCGAGGAAACUAACCUUCAUUUUCUUCCUGACUUUAUAAAUACGAAUUUUCUAAGUACAAGUGAAAUUGAGGAUAAACUGCAUCAUCAUUGAAAAAUAGUUAUAAAUAAUUUAGUAAUAACAUAGUGUAUAGGAAUGUGUAAAUGGAAUAAAAAACAAACGAAGUGUCACCUAGAAGUCAAAUAAACAAAAUAUAUUGUCAAAAAUGUCAAUUGUACCUGACGAGAUUGAAACGUCUAAUCAUAUUAGACGAAAAUACCCCUGGUUUGCGAAAUAAUUGUAAAGUCUGGUUUUAUUGAUUCAAGUUGUCCGAAGAGGUAUUCAAAACAUGGACGCAUAAAAUGAGUACUCCGAUUUUUGUGGCAAAACUUUUUAUUCGACAACAAAGAAUGAGAAAACGUGAUUUUUGGGAUUCAAUCGAAAGUGUCGGCAGGAACGAAAAAACUCUUUAUAUAGGAU